AAACAUGAGAUCCCAGAGGUUCUCAACUGGAUUUAGGUCUGGGGAACGUGAGGGCCCUUUCAUGUCAGCUCUGAGGAUGGUCCUCCUCCCCAGACAACCCAUAAUGUUGCCAGUGUGCCUGUUGUCACUUCUGUUCUGUUCUGAGAAUCGAAUGAGAUCCUCAGAUCAAUAGCAAGCGCGAAAGUCGCCGUUUUCCGCCCAGUUUGACGAACUCUCCAUUCUUGUUUCCCAAGCCCCCACCCGCUUUAUGUUUCUGUGGUGUCACAUGUCAAUGUUGUUUCCGCUUUCAAUCACAGCGUCAUAUCAUCUGUUUUAUAAACAAUGUGGAUUGCUUUGCCUUUAAUCGCGCUAAAUUUGUCUGCACUUGUAAGCGCAAACAUUUGCCCGUGCGCGCGCGAGGACCUCUGCAAACCCAUCCGACACCAGCCGGCGUUUGAGGUGUUUGUAUUCGAUGUUGGUGGAAAGGCUUGGAAAUUUUACGAUUGGUCCGAAGUGACGACGGUUGCAGCUUUUGGAAAGUUUGAUGCGGAGCUCAUGUGUUACGCUCAUGCUAAAGGGGCUCGGCUGGUUCUGAAAGGUGAUGUAUCACUCUCAGACAUCGUGGAUCCAGUAAACAGGACAAUUUGGAUCCAAGAAAAGGUCCAGUUGGCAAAGAGUCAAUUCAUGGAUGGAAUAAACAUAGACAUUGAGCAGGCGGUGGAGGCCCAGUCUCCGCAGUACUAUGCUUUGACAGCCCUUGUAAAGGAGACCACCGAGAGUUUCCACAAAGAGAUCCCCGGCUCUCAGGUAUCAUUUGAUGUGGCGUGGUCACCCAAAUGCAUAGAUAAACGCUGUUAUGACUACGUUGCCAUCGCCGAUUCAUGCGACCUCUUGUUUGUGAUGUCAUACGAUGAACAAAGCCAGAUCUGGGGGGAUUGUAUUGCUUUGGCAAAUGCGCCGUUCAAUCAAACAUUGACGGCCUAUGAUCAAUACAUAAGCAUGAAAAUAGAUCCAAAGAAACUUGUGAUGGGUUUACCAUGGUACGGUUACGACUACACCUGCCUAAAUUUCUCAAAGGAUGGAGUAUGUUCCAUUCCUAAGGUGCCCUUUAGAGGAGCUCCGUGUAGCGACGCGUCCGGCAGACAGAUUCCCUACAGAAUCAUGAUGAAACAGAUCAACAGCUCAAUGUCAGGCAGACUGUGGGAUGACAACCAGCGAUCACCUUACUAUAACUACAAGGACACAGAAGGUAGGGUUCAUCAGGUGUGGUACGAUGACCCAGAAAGCAUCGCCCUGAAAGCUGCCUAUGUAGCACAAAACGGUCUGAAAGGAAUCGGUAUGUGGAACGGGAAUCUCCUGGACUACAGUGCAGAUCCGAUCGCACGGCAACAGACGUCAGACAUGUGGAACGCCCUGACACCCAGUUCACACAGAGAGACUGCUGCUGUCUCCUAGAGUCAUUCAAGUUACUAUUGCUUCAAGUCAAUAUACAUGUUUGUCUCUGGGCUGACAGGUUGUGUAGUCCUCUCAUAAACAUGUCAGGUUGAUUUAUUUUUUAUAGUUUUUUUAACAGGCACUGAAUAAAUGGAACAUUUUAUGAUAGCAAACCUAACAGGACGUUUUGAAUACUACACAUUUUAAUUUUACAUAACUUUAUUUAUUAGACUUUACAUUAGGUGAACUUCACAUUGACAUCUUAAUGAACAAUAAUAGAAUCAACCGUUUAUCAGUCACAUGACAAAACGUAAAGGUGGGCUAAGGGUUUUCCACCAAGGAGUCAGCAGCUGCUCAACUAGAAUGUGAAAAUAAUCACCAGUCUGGUAAUAAAGUAUGUUUUUAAAAACGAUUUAAAUAUCCUAAUAUAACUAAGGGCCUAGUCCUGGUUUAACCUAAUCCCGACCAGGAAACCGUCCCUAUAACUAAAAGGAUUAAAAAAAAUGUUAAGCAUGUCAAGGAAAUUAAUUAAAUUAAAGAUAAAUCUUGGUGGCCGAUUAAUUGAUGAAAAACACUAAAAUAAAAAAGUUUAUGUGUACACCACAUCCUUAAUGUUUGAUAACUGCAAUAGAUAUUUUUUCUUUUAUAUUUUAAAAUUGGCAUGUCGAAAAUCUUUAUAGGUCAUUGUUCCAUAUGAGUGGUUUGAAACUGCAUUUGAGAUCAUUAAAAGAAAAACCCAAAUUCAUCAAAAAUUUUACUCUUAUGUCACAAUUUACAGAUUUUGUUACACAAAUUUUUGAUCUGUUUUUUCAUACUUGUUACUUUAACAUACAGUUUUUGUUGCGAUACAAACACUUACAGUAUAAAAACACAUCACAAAAUAAUGACAUUACCCCAUCUGUACACCAUCCAAAAACAAUUAAAGGGGUAAUAUGGCGCGAAUAUGUGUUUUUCUGUGUCUUGUGUUAUAAACUGCUCGUGUAUUAGACGUAAAAUUGCAAAAAUGUUUCAAAGUGUGGGAACAAAAGAUGUAUUCUAUCUGAAAGCGAAUCGUCACCCAGACCUGCCUGAAAACCACAGCCCCACAAAUCUACAUCAGUUGGAGGU